CCCCUGUUCUAGUGUGGAUAAUCCGCCAAAGUUCAAAUGGACUUCAUUUUCUCCAUUAUUCAUCAUUGUGAUGAAAUUGCAUAAACCUGCACAGGACUUUGCUUUAAGGAGGAUAUUAAUCCAUGAACAAUAAAUAAAACGGAAAUCGGCGCGCGGAUGUUAUUGUACAUUUGGACAAAUGCAACACCAUCUUGUGCUAUAUUUAUAUUUAAGACGACCUCAAUAAUCACCUUAAUUAGACACAUAAAUAAAGGAAUUUAGUAACACUGAAUUAGAAGAGACAAGAACAGCCGCCAUGAAGUAUCUACAGAUUUUCGUUGUCCUGUUAAUUGUGGGAUUGGGUGCCGCACGGAGAGGCAGAAGGUUUCGAAUAUUCUGUUCUACAGAAGCAGAUUGUCCCCACUUUUCCACAUGUGUUAACAUGGGUCUUGCGGACAAAAGCGUUUGUUUGCCAAAAAAAAUGGUGAAUAUAAGGAUGGAAAUGAAAUUAUCCAGGCUUCCAUCUUUGGCAAGUUGUACUGAGGAUAGCGACUGUGAAAAUGUCGGGAAAUGUGAAGAGGUGCCUAACUUUGGAGUGCGCAUGUGUAUGCCAGGUUUCGUCAGUAAGAUGCUUAACAAAAAAAGUGAUCAACUGGCAAAGACCUGCACCUCCGAGAACGACUGUGGCGCUUCCUCUAAAUGUAUAGAGUUUCCAAAAUUCGAAAAACAGAUCUGUUUAUUUGAAAAUAAACUUUUACACAAAAUGAUGGUAAGCAUCCAUAGUAAGUUUGUAAAGGUGGACCAAGAACAACCAGAUAUCGAUACAGAGGAAGACAAAGAGGACGGGAAAGAUGACACCAAAGGACAAGAGGGAGAGAAUGAUCUGGAUGAUAAUGACGAUGAUAACGAUGAUGGUAAGGAUGAUGAUUUGGAGGAUGCUUCAUUUAUCAAUGAUUCUCAGUUUCUUACCAAGAUAGAUGACAACGAUGAGAUAUACAAAAAAUUCAUCAGUGCGCACAAGGCGUACCGCGGGAAGGGAUCCUGGAACAUGUUUUUCAUGGGUGCCUUUUCAAUGGCGGGAGUCGUGAUCCUCAUUUUAUUUUCUCUAUUAUGUUGCUUGACCGUCAAAAAGAGAAUGUCAAAGAAGCACAGAGAGGAAUCCGGCGAAACAGGAAAAAAGGGACUUCGCAACGUGUUCCUGACAAAAAUCAGCGCUAUUCCAAAUCCCUACAGUAAACUCGAAGAAGAGAAGGGCGUUAAGAUAUGAUCAUGUUUAGAGAGGCCAUUGGAUGACGAGAUGAAUGUUACCAAAUAAAUAAACUAUUGCCUAGAUCGGCAAUUGUUGAAUGUGGCGAUGAACACCUGACUUGCAGUACUUUAAAAAUAACGACUUUUUUUUUUCAAAUACAACUGUAAAAUAUCAUUCAAUCAUGGAAAGAUAUAAAUUGCUGUGUCAAUGAGGUUUUCAUUUUAUUUUAUUUUUUAAACCACCUCAUGAAAUAAAUUUUCAAAAAACGGAAUUAUUUUUACCUUUAAAAGUACUACUUUUUAUUUGAAAUCAUUGACAACUGUGUUUUUAAUAAAAU